CAGGGGCGGCCCGAGGGGGCGUGGCCUCGGCCCUCGGGUUCCUCCCGAGGGGAGGGCCGGAGGCCGCGCUCGGGCCUCGACCUGCGGCGGGCGGAGGCCGGGCACCAUGCGGCGCGGGGCCAGGAGCGUGCGGGGCAGGGACGGGCCGGCGCCCACGCCCUACGUCCAGGCCCAGUGCUUCGACCCGCUGAUCCGCCUCUGCGUCAACUGCAGGCUCCUCCGCACACCUGAGCCUGGAUCGGCCUCACCUGCCUCCGGCCCGCGGUCCCUCCCCUCGGUUCCCUGCCCUCUCUCCCCGUCCCCUCCGCCCGCGCCAGCCGCCGGCGUGAGCAGCCAGGCACCCGGGACGGCGCUGCAGCCGCAGGAGUCGGUGGGCGCUGGGGCCCGGCCCGAGGCCGUGCUGCCCCUGCCCGGGCUGCUCUUCGGUGCCCCCGCGCUGCUGGGCCUGGCGCUGGCCCUGGCCCUGGCCCUGGUGGCCCUGGUGAGCUGGAGGUGGCAGCAGCGGCGCAGGACGGCCUCCCUAGAGGCCCCAGACGGAGGCCAGGACGAGCCCCUGGACAAUGUCUUCGACCCCUCCUCGGGAACCCUCAAUGCCUCAGCUCCUGUCUGGCCUCCACCCAGAACACCAGAAGACCCAGGCAACAGCACACCUGGCCACAGUGUGCCUGUGCCAGCCACAGAGCUGGGCUCCACUGAGCUGGUGACCACCAAGACCGCCAGCCCUGAGCAACAAUAGCAGUGGAGAGGGCAGGAGGGGCUCCUGCCUGGCUUCUGGGCCCUCUGCAGGCUCCGACACUGAAUUCAGCUCUUCACCCCCGCACCCACCUGCCCUUUUCCUGGGAGCCAGGCUGCUUCCCCCUAAACCCUCCAGACAGUAUGGCCCACAGUGUACAGCCAUUUGGAGUCGUUUGUGUGUUCGCUUUUGGCUUAAGACCAUGCCACCUUUGACAGUUCUUGAAGGUCCUCUCUGCUCCAGUGCUCUGCCGGUUUGGAUAUGGUUUGAAUGUGUCCUCUAAGGCUCUGUGUGUCGAAAUUUAAUUCCCAUUGUGAGGUAUUAUUAAGGGGGAAAACUUAAUCUGACUGUGGUUUUUAGAGGUGGGGCCUUUGGGAGGUAACUAGGAUUAAACAAGGUCAUCUGGGCGACCACCAUCAUCAGGCAUUGGUGGCUUUAUAAGGGGGAGAGAGAGACCAGAAGAGACACACACUAUAUACUUCUUGUCCCUUGCCAUGUGAUGCCCUCUGCCACCUUGCAUCUCUGCCAACAAGAAGGCUAUCUCUCGAUAUGAUUGGGCCUCCAGAACUGUGAGCUAAAUAACCCAUUUCCUUUAUAAAGUUUCCUAGCUUUGGGUAUUUUGUUAUAAAAAUGCAAAACAGACCAAUAUGGGUACUAUGAAUAAGAGAGCUAUCCUUUACAAUAGGGAAGAGACCAUUAGGCCAAAUGAAUCUGAAAAGAAGGCCAAGUGGGAGGAUGCUUAAUUGGUAGCUGAGUGUUGUAUUUCUUUAAUACUUGCUUUCAGAGCUAUCCUGCUUUUAAAGUGACGCACGUGGCAGCAGUGAGUAACCUGCUGACGGUUUCACUUGGGGAUUUAGUGCAAGAUUAUUUUAAAUUCCUUUUGGUGUGUGUAUAUGUGGUAUUGGGGACCAGACCCAGGACCUCAUACUUAUUAGGCAAAUGCUAUACCACUGAGCUACAGCCAGGUAUCAAGAUUAUUUUUUAGAAGUAACCAGAAAAAAAAAAGUCAUGCCUAAUUGUGCCGAUUCUCAGGUAUCUGCAUCCCAGGAUCACCCUGGGCUUGGCCUAAUCUGCUAGAACCUAAGAUGCCAUUUCUACUCUGUUGGAAGCUUCCAGAGCCACAGGCUGCACUCAGGAGGAAUUCUACAGCCUCUAGAGCUAGACUCCAAGCUCAAGCUGAGGGAGGCCUUGUCAGGAAGCUCUCUCAGACCACCUGGGGCCCAGCUGCCUCCUGGGCAUGGCACACUCAGCUCUGCGCAGGGGGCACCUUCAUACACAGGCCAGGGCAGUCCUAUGGCACUGACCAGAUAGACCUGACAUCCCUUGAACACCCCUCCCUCUAUGACCAGUCCUCCUCUUCUCUCCAUGGUCUGGGCCCCAUGAGCUGGGCUUACCACUGCCCCUGUGGAGGCUGCCCGUUAACAGUGGGGCUCCUGGACCGUACUGUGCACUUGCAGCCAGCUGUCUCCUCUGCUGCCUGCCCUCCCACACAAGAUGGAACUUGAACUUCAUCCUGGAAAUCUACCUGGGAACUUGUCACAACUUGGCUCUUUUGGAAGGAGCACUGGACCAGAAGUCAGAAGGUGGAGUCCUGGGUUUUUCCCUUUGUAGGACCUUGGCCAUUUUCUUUUCCAUGUACCAGAGGUUUUCUGCUGGCCUCUCCCUGAGCUGCCCCCCAGAGCUGCCUGGCAGACACCUGCCUCUCCCACCCACCAGUUUCCCAGCUUCGAAGAGAGUGGACAGUGGACAGUGGCAUUUGGAGACCCAGAACCUGGACAUUCAUAUCCUAAUCUCUCUGCCCAGCUAGUCCCUCCCUGAGCCUAUUUUAGAUACCACUACUUCUAAGGAGCCAGGUGACUGGUGACAUCAGAUGGCAAGCAGUAAGUGGCAGAGUGAGCAGUCAUACACUCCCCCUCCAUGCAGGGGCCAGGGAGGCUAAGCUGUUCCUGGCCAUCCCUUUCUCCCACCCCACCUUCUCCACUAUAGUCAGGAUCUAGGCUCUGAAGGUGAAAAGCGUGAGUGAAGUCCCCUGGGGCCUCGACAUGCAAACCUCUGACACCCCUCAGUCCCAGUUGAACCCCAGCUGGUAUGUAGUUUCCCCUCAGAUCUCAGUUUCCUCUAAUGAUACAUGAGGGGUUGGGUACACCAUUCUCUUCCUGGCCUGUGGUUCUCAGAGGAUUGGAAGGAAUCUUAGAGAAUUCUCACAUAACAUUUCUAUUUCACAGAUAAGAAAACUGAGGCCCAGAGAGGGUCAUUGUCAUUAGCAAAUAACAGAAGGGAAGUUCCUUGGGGAAGAACCAGGAGAGACCAGUGGAGGGGUGAACAAAGAUGGGCAGUGUCACCAUGCUGAAAGGGCCCAGGAAAGGAAAUCAGCCUCCUGACCUCUGAGCUAGGUGUGACUUUCUAAGGAGCCUUCCCACUGUCAUUGACACCACAUUUGAUUUUCAUAACAACACCUGGAGAGGAGUUAGGUAUUUGUGUUUGGCUAAAAAAAAUUUUAUUAAAAAAUGAAGGUAUACAUUUUGGAGACAAACUAGAAAGUCCAGGAGGAUGAUCCAGGGUGGGGUCUAUGGAGACCUGACCUGUAUCCAGCAACAACAGCCUUUGUGUGUGGUGUACUGUUCUACGCAAUUGCAAUCAUUUUACACAUAAAAAUUUGCAUCUUGUCCCAUCAUAUGU